AUGCCGUCGGCACUGGUCAACGCAUUAUCGGCGCUAUUCUUUGACGUCUCUUCGCCAAAUUAUUCAUUGCUGGCACUACCAGCCAUGUACAUGAUUACGAUUUUGCCACAUUGGUACUCGAUUGCUCUGUCCAUGUUUUAUAAUGGUGAAUGGGCCAACGAGAAUCCCCGGGCGUUUGUCACACGACUUGCGGCACGCCCUAUUCUUGGAGACAAAAAAAGUCAACAUACGCCAUUAGAGCGAAAAAUCCUGCGUUGCCAGGCAUGUCAGCAAAAUGGAUUUGAGAAUAUGCCGAUAUUCGGUCUUGCAUUGUUAUGCGGAAUCUUAGCUGAUCUGCCUGGCUACCUGAUGAACAUGAUGGCAACACUAUUUAUUUUGUCGCGUGUUUUGUAUACGUUGGCGUAUGUUCUUUCGGACUCACGAAGCAUGUCAUAUAUUCGGACGAUCUGUUUUGUGGGCCAAGUCGCAUUGUAUAUGCGAUUCUUUAUGCAAGCUGCCUGGUCUGUGGCUGGACGAGAUCAAACUCACCGCUGGGGUUUCUAA